AGGAAACGAACUAACACAUGCAAAUAGAGAACCGGUACAGUGGCGCCAUGCAACAAGCAUUUCCAUACUUUGGCUACUCUCAUGUGUUAUCUCUGAACGCUGCUGACUGCCCACGUUCAGGUCAGUUCUUGGGUCUUGAGCACUUGCUGAUUCUCCAGUUCUCUUGGACAGCCCUCGGUGGAUGACUAUAAUUUACGCGUCGAAGUAUUACAAAUCUAGUUAUCACCCGCUUCAAUGUGCGACGCAUACCUACCCGAUCAAAUAAGGCCCUUGAACACAGCCACAAGCUGACUGCAUGCACCCAUCUUCAUGUUGAUACAACGUCAGCCUCGCCGCCAGCCUAAUCACCCGGACAAAAUGCUGCUCGUCUUGAUCAGUCCGUGAACCUUUCACAGAAAACGUUCCCGAAACAUUUGAGACCUUCGCUCAGUACGAAUGACUUCGCCUACCUCACGACCGCAACACGGCAGAAACAGCAGGGGUGAACAAGCAGCUCGUCGAUCUAAAGGCGUCACCCAGUCGCCUACACAUCGCAAACCUUACACUUACAAUAGUUUGCACGGGACAGACACUAUACGGAUUUUAAGACUUGAGCCUGGUAAAAAGUCAGAUGCAAUCCGAGGGAGACUGUACGAAAGCAACCUACGCCACGAUAAGGGUGCUGAUUUUGAGGCGCUUUCUUAUACAUGGGGAGUAGCAGACCACAGUCACACACUGUCCACUCCUAAAGGAGUCAUCAAAAUUUCGACAAAUCUUGCAGCAGCUCUGCGGCGCAUAAGGUCAGAAACUCGGAGCCAACAUGUUUGGGCUGAUGCGGUGUGCAUCAAUCAGAAAGACCUUAAAGAGCGCGGCCGCCAGGUCAAAUUGAUGGGGCAGGUCUAUUCAACCGCACGCCGUGUACUCGUCUGGCUUGGGCCUGAUCGUCACCAUAGAGCUAGGGCCAUCUUUGCCAUGGUUCUGAAUCAUCACCAAACUGCGUCAAUGCAGGGCUUAGAGGAGUUAGGAGAUGGCUUGAAAGAGUUAUUGCGUUGCGAGUGGUUCUCGCGAUUAUGGGUUGUCCAAGAAUACCAUCUGGCUCGAUCAGCGCUUUGCAUGUGGGGCGAGACCGACAUCGAUUUUAGAGAUCUUCGACGGUCGUUCAAGGCUGUCGUAAUGACAGAUAACAGCUACUCACCAUGGGUGGCGCCGAAGGAGAGAAGCUUCACAGUUUUCGAGCUCCUGAGCAGCAUUCGCGGACUACAAUGCUCCGAGGAGAGGGAUCGAGUUUACGCAACCCUAGCUCUACCGUACCGGGAUACACCAAACUUAGUUGCUCGUAUCCGGCAGAUUACGCCUCGAUAUGAUCUUCCUGAGGGCCGCAAUAUGUUUGAAUACGCGCGAGCUUUCGUCGAAAGUUCUUGUAUCUACCUUUUGCUAAGCCAGGUAUGUCACGGCCCUACAAUCAGCCCUAACUCACAUGGGCUAUCUUGGCUUCCCAACCUGAGCACGCCAGCUCCGGGUGAUUUCCUCCCGUUGGAUAUCGUUCCUCGCGAUACCAACAUGCCAGAGGACCUCGCACAGGAAAGAGUCGAUGUCGCUCACAAGACGCUAUAUCUGACAGGAUGGGCAAGAACCGGGACAAUCUGCAAAAUAGGACCCUCCAUGAAUACAGAAGCGGGAGGAUCGCGGCUGGAAGACAUUGCCGCUUUCUGGAAGUACCACGUCUAUCCAGACCGAAGCCGUGUUGGUCAUUCUGCGUACAUAUACAAGGAAACACUAUUUGCACAAGUUUUGGCAUGUCGGAGCUGGAAAAUGGAACUGUCAGUUCAUUGGGAAUAUUUAUACUCAGUCAUUACUCGACACUCAGCCUCACCGUGGUCAUUCGCUCUCUCUAAGAAUGCUCUCAAAAUGCUGCGUUCAUUAGAGACAAGCGUUACGUCGAACGAAAAUUAUGAUCAAUUUUUGCGCUUUGAUCCCCCACAGCACUAUUGGAAACAAAGGCGGCUUGUGAAGUCUGCUGAGGGUCUUAUAGGGAUGGCGCCUCUGGCUACCUUACAGGGUGAUAUCAUAGCACAUUUCCCGCAGUUCAGUCUCCCAUGCGUACUUCGCCCUCGAGAUGGGCACUACCUCUUCGUAGGCACGAUGUUCAUGCCCGGCUUGCCAACAGUGCAUGCAGCUAGCGAGGGCUAUAGGACAUUUAACAUCCGUUAAGGAAAUCAGGAUGAACGAGCUUUGCUAUAAGCAAAGCUUCGGCUGAGUCACUGUUCGGGACACAAAGAGUACGUACGAACGGUUACAUGGCAUUAUGGACUUUGUAGAUAUCAUGCCAUUUUUGCACCUCCAUGAGUAUAUACACAAUACAAUACCAGAAUAUACCCGGGUUUUC